AUGGCUGAGAUAUGUGACAACCCCGUGUACGUGCAGUCGGUGAAGGAGCACGGCGCCGCGUGGCGCGCUGGCCUCCGAGCCGGCGACCGCAUCCUGCGCGUCGACGCCGUGCCUGUGCACAGGCACACGCACCAGCAGGUGGUGCAGAUGAUACGAGCAAGCCCAGCGACAGUGCUCACAGUGCAACAGAACACAUCUCGCCACAAGACGCCCAUCACCGCGCCUGUGCCUGUAAAUCCGGAGAAGCAGCGCCAGCUGGAGGUGUCGAAGGUGUACACCAUGCGCCUCAUGCUGGAGCAGGAGCAGAAGUACAUCCGCGACCUGCGCAACGAGCUAUGUAAAGUGCCAGACGUACGCAAACAGACACAACUGGAGUCCGCAGAACUGCGCUGCUCCAAGCUGCAGCACGAAAUCGAUGCGUUGGCAGCUUCGCAGCCAUCGCCGCGCGCGCGCAACGACAAACCCAACUCGGGCUUCCUGAGCGGUCUCCCUCGCUCCCUGUCAAACUUGACCGGCCAUAGUUUACGAAACCUGCGGCAAAACCGACCCCGAGCCCCCGAUCCCGCCCCCAAUCCCGCUCCCUUAUUGAGACACAACUCGGAUGAAGGCAAACGCCGGCACAAUAACACAGUUCCAAUGGUCCCGACCACUUGUUUGGAUAACGUUUCGAAUAUAUCCCCUCCUCCGUUGCCCCCGCGUGCGGCCAACCCGCGCCCGUUCCCGAUGCACCGGUCGUUGCCCCCGACGCGCGAUAACCCGCCCGAGUUGAGAGGCACGCCGCCCGAGUUGGGUUACGACCCGGCCGCGUUGAGGAGGUCGUCGCACUCGCUGGACGGCGAGUUGGACGCCCCGGGCCCGCAGCCCAAUUCCAUAGCGAUGCAGAUGAACUACCCUCUGGUGAAUGCACCGCCGCCGCCGAUACAGGUAAUGCGAUGCGCGUGCGCCAACCUUCUGUUGAUAUUAACGGACGCGUACCGAAACGCGGCGGGAGUGUCUAACGCUACGCUGAGGCGAUGGGCCUACGAGAUACAGUCCACCUUCCUCAUACCAUCUGCGAUAUACCUUGACCAAAAACAACGUUUCCCACUAGAAUACGAGAAAGAAGAGCUUCUACGGAACGUGUUCCGUAAAGCGAGACAGAAAGCCAAAGAAGAGUUGAGCCAACAACUCAGCGAGUUUCAAGUCAAAAGACAAGUCGGAAGUGAUCGUGGUGGAGAGGCUAGUUUGUCAACGACUAAGAAACCGUUUCCUCUCUUUCCCUUAGGAAGUGGUAGUGGUGGAGAGGCUAGUUUGUCAACGACUAAGCGGCAUGGCGGCGGGAGGCUGGACGUCGGUAGGAGGGUGCUGCACCUCGCUGGAGGCGCACGGCGCGCUGCUGGCGGCGCUGGCGGCCUGCGCACUGGCGCUACAUUGUCGGUCAGUAUGUCACUGCACUCAUGGCGGCGGGACGCUGGACGCUGGACGCUGGACGCUGGACGCUGGACGUCGGUAGGAGGGUGCUGCACCUCGCUGGAGGCGCACGGCGCGCUGCUGGCGGCGCUGGCGGCCUGCGCACUGGCGCUACAUUGUCGGUCAGUAUGUCACUGCACUCAUGGCGGCGGGACGCUGGACGCUGGACGCUGGACGCUGGACGUCGGUAGGAGGGUGCUGCACCUCGCUGGAGGCGCACGGCGCGCUGCUGGCGGCGCUGGCGGCCUGCGCACUGGCGCUACAUUGUCGGUCAGUAUGUCACUGCACUCAUGGCGGCGGGACGCUGGACGCUGGACGCUGGACGCUGGACGCUGGACGUCGGUAGGAGGGUGCUGCACCUCGCUGGAGGCGCACGGCGCGCUGCUGGCGGCGCUGGCGGCCUGCGCACUGGCGCUACAUUGUCGGUCAGUAUGUCACUGCACUCAUGGCGGCGGGACGCUGGACGCUGGACGCUGGACGCUGGACGCUGGACGUCGGUAG